UGAGUUCUGGGGACAAUCACAAGAUUCCUCUUCUUUUUUCUUUUUUACCGGUAACUUUUUCCUUCUUCGAAUCUAUUGUUUCAGGUGCAACCGAAUCUGGACGCAACUCUCAUGAUGAGCCAUUUGAUUCUGGAAUCUUGCGCCGGAAAGAUGAACCAAGAAUCCAACGAAAAACCGUCUUGCUGGAACAUUUUCAACGGGACGGAAACCUGUGGGGAUCUCGACUUGUACUCUGCUCCCUUUCUGGACAGGAACGUUUGUUUCCAUCAAACGGAACAGGAGUCGGCUGCUACCGUGGCUGAUGAUUUGACGGAUGAAGAUCUUGAAAUGGAGGAGCUCGAGAGGAGGUUGUGGAGAGACAAGCUGCGUCUGAAGCGGUUAAAGGAACUGAGCAAGAACGGUAAAGUGGGGAAAACCGACGGUUCCAAGAAGCCUCUGCAGUUGCAAGAACAGGCCCGGAAGAAAACGAUGAGCAGGGCGCAGGAUGGGAUCUUGAAGUACAUGUUGAAAAUAAUGGAAGUCUGCAACGCUCAGGGCUUUGUCUACGGGAUCGUGCAGGAAAAUGGGAAAACUGUCACGGGAUCGUCUGACAACCUCCGGGAGUGGUGGAAGGAUAAAGUGAGAUUUCACAGGAACGGCCCGGCUGCCAUAGCCAAGCAUCGGAGAGACAAUUCUUCCGAGCCUGAUCAGGAUUUGGGAUCCGUGUUCGCUGGCUCUACCCCAAACUUACUGCUCGAGCUUCAGGAUACAACUCUUGGAUCACUUUUAUCAGCGUUGAUGCAGCACUGUAGUCCUCCACAGAGGCGUUUUCCGCUAGAUAAGGGUGUGGCUCCGCCGUGGUGGCCCACGGGGAAGGAAGAUUGGUGGGUACAACUGUCCUUGCCCGAGGAUAGUCGAGGUUGUCCACCACCGUACAAGAAACCUCAUGAUCUAAAGAAGGUUUGGAAAGUCGGUGUCUUGAUGUCAGUGAUCAAGCACAUGUCUCCCGACAUCUCGAAGAUACGCCGGCUUGUGAGACAGUCUAAAUGCUUGCAGGAGAAGAUGACUGCAAGAGAGAGCUCCAUGUGGCUAGCUGCUAUCAACCGAGAAGAGGCCAUAGUUCGAGAGCUUUACCCGGGCUAUUUCGUCAAAGAAUUCAGUUCCUUUCCUGUCCCUGGCAUCAAUGAUUGUGAUGUUAUUGUCCCUACAGGCGAGUAUGAUGUUGAUGGGAUUGAAACCGAGCAGUAUCCGAACGUGGAAGAACAUUUCAGAGAGGAGAAACCAAACCGGUAUGACUUUGGGAUUGGGACAAGAGAGACAGUUGUGAAUAACUUGGACAUUGUCCAAAAGAGGAAGCUGGAGGAUGAUCUUGACUUGAUGGUGCAUCAUAACAUCUAUACAUGUGAGAAUCAUCUCUGUCCGUACAGCGAAAACCGAAUGGGAUUUGAUGACAGGAUCUCAAGGGACAACCACCAACUGACUUGUGUUUACAGAGGAAACUCCUUCGGGGUCGGAGCACCGAAUUUUCAUGUCAACGACAUCAAAGCCAUGACCUUUAACCAACCCUGUGUCCAGAUCAAGCAAGCAGUACCGCCAAGCAAGCCGUUCACGCCAUCCUUUGGUCUACAGAAUCUUAUGACUCCGGAAGACGGGAAAACGACCAUUUAUGAUCUGUGUUCGAGCUACAAUAACGCCUUUCAGAGCAUCAAAUCCGAAAACGAAGCAGUAGCCGGGGAAGUUCAGAGCAUUCUUCAGCCGAACAGACAGGAAGAUCAGAUGAAUCUUCACCACCUCUACAGACAGGUGAACAACAAUCUCUUCGAAAGACCCGAAGCAAUGCAUGGAGAUAUCUUUAGCCAAAGGUUCGACUCGUUUAAGGGCAUGAACCCGUCCUCUCCCGGGCCAAACCAGAACUCGAUGUUAGCGUCACUUGUCCGAAGCAACGUUACACAAACUGUGGGAGUGGAGCAUCUGCUGAAACAGGACCCGUCCGUGUGGUUCCAGUAAGUAAAGCUCAUCUCACUUGACGAGCCUGGUCGUGUUUCUUUGUUGAAAACCCACAUCUUUAACCUCUGAUUUCUUGUCCAUUUUAGACUUGGAGAAGACUCUAAUUCAUGUGCUGAUUCUUUGAUUCAGUGACCACAUUUAUGAACUAAACUGGGUUUGCAUAUAAAUACAACUCAAGAAUACUGUUUCUUCUU